AUGGUGCUCAGCGUCGUCGUCGCCAGCGGCGUAGAGCUGCCGGUGCAGCGGCCGCGGGUGCCGGCGAUGUACGUGUUCGGGGACUCCACCCUGGACGUGGGCAACAACAACCACUUGGAAGGGGAGCAAGUCCCCAGGGCCAACAAGCCCUACUACGGCAUCGACUUGCCGGGCUCCGGCAAGCCCACCGGAAGGUUCAGCAAUGGCUACAAUGUCGCAGACUUUGUUGCGAAGAAUCUUGGAUUCGAGAAGAGCCCUCUGGCUUACAUGGUGCUCAAAGCGCGCAAUUAUCUGAUCCCGAGCGCCAUCACUAGAGGAGUAAGCUACGCAUCGGCAGGAGCUGGGAUCCUCGACGCCACUAACGCGGGAAACAACAUCCCGCUGUCGCAGCAGGUGCGGCUGUUCGAGUCGACCAAGGCCGAGAUGGAGGCCAAGGUGGGCCCCCAAGCGGUGAGCAAGCUGCUCUCCAACUCCUUCUUCCUCGUCGGCGCCGGCAGCAACGACUUCUUCGCCUUCGCGACGGCGCAGGCCAAGCAGAACAGCACGGCGACGCAGAGCGACGUCACGGCCUUCUACGGCAGCCUCCUCUCCAACUACUCCGCCACCAUCACGGAGCUGUACAAGCUAGGCGCGAGGAAGAUUGGCAUCAUCAACGUGGGUCCCGUCGGUUGCGUGCCCCGCGUGCGCGUGCUCAACGCCACAGGCGCGUGCGCCGACGGCAUGAACCAGCUCGCCGCCGGCUUCGACGCCGCCCUCAAGUCUACCAUAGCCGCCCUCGCCCCGAAGCUGCCGGGGCUCGCCUACUCCGUCGCCGACCGCUUCGGCCUCACGCAAGCGACGUUCGCCAACACGCUGGGGCUAGGGUUCGUGAGCUCCGACAGCGCCUGCUGCGGGAGCGGGCGGUUGGGCGCGCAGGGCGACUGCACGCCCACGGCCACGCUGUGCGCCGCCCGCGACCGCUACAUCUUCUGGGACUCAGUGCACCCGUCGCAGCGGGCCGCCAUGCUGGGCGCCCAGGCGUACUUUGAUGGCCCGGCCCAGUACACCUCGCCCAUCAGCUUCAAGCAGCUGGCCAACAUGAUGAGUAGUUGA